AUGGCCAUCACAGCCUCACAAGACCAUGCCUUGGUUGCGACAGAGAGAGUGGCCUCGGUGUUUUCUGUUCUCGGUGCGGCAUUCAUCAUCGCUACGUUUGUUUCGGAUAGCAAGUUUCGAAAACCGAUCAACCGACUUGUGUUCUUCGCUGCGUGGGGGAAUCUGUUCGCCAACGUGGCGACUCUGAUAGCGAGAUCCGGCAUCAAGUUGGGGUUGACAUCCCCGUUGUGUCAGUUCCAGGGCUUUUUGAUUCAUUGGUUCAUGCCUGCUGAUGCGCUAUGGACAUUCGCUAUGGCGUGCAAUGUCUACCUCUCCUUCUUUCGACAGUAUGACGCAUCGCAACUUCGAAGUCUCGAGUGGAGAUACUUGGGAGCGUGCUAUGGCAUUCCUUUCAUUCCGGCGUUUGUGUUUCUGUUUGUCAGUUCUGGCGACAGGGGGAAAGUGUAUGGAGACGCGGUCCUCUGGUGCUGGGUUUCGACGGACUGGAACGCGCUCCGCAUUGCGUCCUUUUAUGGACCAGUGUGGCUGAUCAUUCUGUUGACAAUGUUUAUAUACGUCAAGGUCGGCGUGGUGGUCUUUCGAUGGCGCAAGCAACUCCUUUCUCUGAACCAGAGCGAUGACAAGGCCAAUAACCUGUCUAAUGGCUAUGCGAUGAAUUCAAUGCCCACCUCUCCCGCGUCUCCAAAGACGUAUGAGGUUACCAUCAGCAGUCAAGUUCCACACGCACCUGAACCGAAGCAGCAGCCGCAUCUAAGCUCACCCCGGAGCACCUAUCAUGAGGAUGCCUCGCCCACAAGUGUAAACCACGGACGGUUUCCCUCCAUCCACGAAACGGCAUUUGCCCAACCGAACACCAAUGUGGUGGUAGACAGACCACCGAUCAGGACAUUGGACGCGAACAAAGCAACUCUGAGUUACUGCAAAACGGCCAUGUUGUUCUUCGUCGCUCUCCUCUGCACAUGGGUUCCCUCUACCAUCAACCGAGUGUAUACACUGGUGCCACCGUAUACGCCUAUCUUUGGAUUGGACUUUGCUUCUGGCUUGGUACUUCCUCUGCAAGGAUUUUGGAACACCAUGAUCUACAUAGUGACCAGCUUGCCGGCGUGUCAAACACUCUUGGAGGAGACCAGAGCGAACCUCUUCGGUCCUCGAGCUGGUCGUCCAGAUAGGACAACACCGGCAAUAGCACUGUCGAGACAUAAUCACCGAGUGCUUCGCUCGCACGACACGAGAGCAGAUAUUAUGAUGAGUAUGGAUGGGAAGAGUCGGGUUGUCAAUUACAGAACGCAGAACGAUGUCGAUACGGGAGAGGAGAUGACGAAUUCAGGUACAAUCUUUACACAUGCCAGAUGA